CGGUGGAUCUCUCCAUCUCCCGAAAGUAACGGUAGGCGUGUCAGCAACAUCCACGUUGGCAGCGCCACUUCAGCCUUCCCGCCAACAAUCUCCCGCCAACCAACGACUAUACAUAGCCCACUCCGUCUCCCGCCAUCUCUCCGUCUCGCGCCAUCUCUCUGCAAUGGCAUCUUUCACUCCCACCAAAAAACCCUCCGACUUCAAAUCCAAGAACCCUACUCCCGCCAAAUCCCCACCGUCGGAUCCAGAUCUCUUCAUCUCAAACACGCCCGAGAAGCCGAUCCAGCUCCCUCGACGAACAAGAAACCGCGGCCUUGCCUUUUCUGUGAAGGAAGUGAGGAAGUUCGCUCAAGACCUCCAGACAACAACCACGAAAUCUUCACAUCAAACAGGCACCGUCCGAUCGAUAGAGGACAGUGUCAAUGCCGAUUCGACGGCAGAUCCUGUCCGAAAGCUGCCAAAGGCAAAAGAUGAUAUCAAGCUUCCUGAAAAGUAUGAGAUGUUGGGUGAGUUUUUUGAUUGCUUGGAGAGUUCGAUUCGGUUGGUACGAUUGAAGCGAUCGAUGUCGACCUUUGCAAACAUCUGCCCAAAGAUUGAAUCUCUAACAGACAGGAGGUUUUCACAUUGUCAUUUAGCACAAUUGAAGUACAUCUUACCCGAGGUGAUUAGUAUAAAGAAGAUCCUUGUGCAUGAUGAGAGGACACUUUGUAUGAAGCCCGAGCUUCAAAUCACCCUACAACUGGAUGCAUUCGAAAAUGGCGGUAACCGUAAAUCAGGAAGUGGCUAUGCGUUUUUGAGGAAGAUGUUCCGUGCCCGCCUUUUGGAUUUCUGCAAUGCACACCCUGAGGGUGAUGAAGUUCCACAGGAAACACUGCCAGAGCCAUUCAAUAAAACCAAACCAAGCAUGCUUCCAAAUGCUACUGCACCUGGUGGGCCCCAAUUACCUCCACCGUCAUUUGAAACUCUUCCACAGCGACCUUCUCAUAUGUCCCAAUCUUUUAAGAGGCGAUUUUCGCAGAAAAUUCCAAUCCCCAAAUCAGAAAAGACCCAACUAGAACAUUCAGCAGAUCCUCUGAAACCUAUUACCUCAUUCUCGAGUCCAUGCACUAACAAACAACUCUCUGACAAGGAAGCCCCUAUUCCUGUCAAUCAAUCCCCCUUUAGAUGCUCUUCAAAACUGCCUACCAGUAAAAAAUCAUUAACUUUUGGCUCUUCCCAUGUUCAAAUUCCUCCAUCAAGCCCUUGUGAAAUCCACAAAGAACGGAUCACCAUGAAGAAAGGAGAUUAUGAUUCUCAAACAGCAGCAGAUGGCAUCACAGGAACUCCUGCAAAGCUCAUUUCUACUCCAUUAAAGCUGACGACUGCAACGCCCGAAUUACAAUCACCAAAGAGAUGUCGCCUUAGUCCAUGCAGUCCAUAUAAUGCUUCCACAUCACUGAACAAAUCAGCAAGGCGUCCGAUUCCAUCCAGGUCAUUGGAAUUCAACACUCCCACAAAGAACACUGAACUCGAAGAUGAAAAGAAUGACGUUGGCACAUCAGAAGUUGAUGAUAUUCUUAAAUUUCUUCCAGAGACGCUUUUGCAGUCGUUAAGAGAGAAAGAGAGGAAGGCAAUGGAGGAAAAAAAUGCAGGUGUACCUGAAGCCAAGAGGCGACAACAGAUGAUUGCAUGCUUGCCUAAGCUCUUUGACAUGAUCCACCUCAUUUUCCAGUCAAUGAGGCGGUCUGUUCUCACAAAACAGGAGCUCAUGCACAAGAUAAUCACAAAUAAUUGUGACAUAGUUGAUAGAAGAGAAGUCGAAGAACAGCUGAAGCUAUUGCAAGAACUUGUCCCUGAUUGGAUUUCUGGAAAGAUGUCAUCCAGUGGAGAUUUCCUUUUCUGUGUCAAUAAGAUUUCAAGUCCAGAAUCAAUACACGCAAGACUUGCAGAAGCUGAGUAAGAAGGAAUGCUUGAUCAAAAGUUUCAGCGGCUUUUCACCUCGUACCCAACUCCAAGUAAGCUUAAUUGGGUUAUUUGAAAUUCAAGCGAUGAAGAACUGAAGUUUUCAGAUGUGGCCUGCGGAUGUUGUGAGGUUGAGCUUCCUUGAAUUGCUGCAGUUAAAACCAGCCCAAGCAUUGAUGGGCUGCAGUGAAAGCUGCCUUCAGUCUUUUCCCCUUCAAAUGGGGGGUUUUGUAUAUUAUAAUUCAACAUCCCACCUAUUGAAUCGAUUGAGAUAACAAGCUUUUGAGAAAGCUUGUUUUUUGGUUAUGUAAACAAGCUGUUUGUUGAAUGAAUCGCUUUGCCCGAUUC